UAGAAUGCAAGAACCAACGCUGUCACAACCAGUAAACUGCAUCCCCACACACGUGAGUCAUGUGACACUACGGCGCGAUAUUAUUCAGACACACGGAUCUGGAAGGUUCAGGGUGAGAGUGUGGGGGGCAAUUGUGGAAUGGCAAUAUAGCAGUGCCCGGCCCCUUCAAGGCUGCAACAUCCCAUGUGCACUCCCUGCCCCUGAGAGCCGGGCCGUGAGCCAACAGGAGUCACAGCUUCUGUGUAUCUCUCAUUGGGGCUGGAACCCCAGGUGUAGCGCCAGGGUGGCCCAGGGCCCUGCCCCGAGUGGGUCACCUGGCUUGCCUUCACGCUCUCUGCCAAAACUCCUUGUAACUUUCUCACAAGGGCCCUGGUCUUGCAUGCAGGUGCUCCCUGCCCCACAGCCACGCCAGGAGGCCAUCUGGAAGGAAUUGCUACUCUGACUACAGAGGCCAAAGGCCUGCCUGGUGAAGCCAUUGGUGACAUCUCGUGGGCUCCUGCUCCGUGCCUGGCCUCAUGGCCACCUGCCCCGUUCUGCAGAGGCACACCCUGUUCCAGUCGGGACGCUAUGUCUACAGAAUCCCCGCUCUGCUCUACCUGCCCCGGCAGAAGACGCUGCUGGCCUUUGUGGAGAAGCGGAGCAGCAAGAAAGACGAGCAUGCCGAACUCAUCGUCCUGUGCCGUGGCAACUACGAUAUGUGCUCCCAUCGGGUCGAGUGGCAUGCACAGGAAGUGGUGUCCCAUGCACAGCUGGUGGGCCACCGGUCUAUGAACCCCUGUCCGCUGUAUGACGAGCACACAGGAAUUCUCUUCCUCUUCUUCAUCGCUGUUCCCGGGCAGGUGUCAGAGCACCAUCAGCUCCACAGCCGGGUCAAUGCCACCCGGCUGUGCUACAUCACCAGUCCUGACCUCGGGAGCACCUGGGGCUCUGUCACUGACCUCACCGGCUCUGUCAUUGGCCGGGCCCACCGGGAGUGGGCCACCUUUGCGGUGGGCCCUGGGCACUCCCUGCAGCUCCAGGAUGGCAGCCUGGUGGUGCCUGCCUACGCCUACCGGAACCUGUCCCCCAACCAGAAGCCCACCCCGUAUGCCUUCUGCUUCUUCAGCCGCAACCAUGGGCUCAACUGGGAGAUGGGGAACUUCGUGGCCCCAAAUACACUGGAGUGUCAGGUGGCAGAAGUCAUGGCUCAGGGGCAGGGGCUGUUGUAUCUGAACGCCAGGAGCCCCCAGGGGGCCAGGGUCCAGGCCCAGAGUGCCAAUGGUGGGCUGGAUUUCCAGGAGGCUCAGGCUGUGAGGAAGCUGGUGGAGCCGCCGCAGGGCUGUCACGGGAGUGUGGUCAGCUUCCCCCGUCCCACGGCAGGCCCAGGCUCUUCGGAGCAGUGGCUGCUCUACACGCACCCCACUGAUACCCAGCGCAGGUUCAACCUAGGCGCCUACCUCAACCAGCAACCACCUGAGCCUGGCGCCUGGUCGCAGCCCGCUCUGCUGGCCCAGGGCAUCAGUGCCUACUCAGAUCUGCAGAGCAUGGGACCUGGGCCUGAUGGGUCGCCCCUCUUUGGGUGCUUGUAUGAGUCUGGGGAUUAUGAGGAGGUCAUCUUCCUACUGUUUACCCUGAAGCAGGUCUUCCCUGCCGCUCUGUCUGGGUCCCAGUGAGCCUGCAGCGAGUGCCCAGGCCUCCCUGCCCGCCUGCCUCCCCAUGGUCCUGGGUGGGAAGCAGCUGGGGAGAUAA